CCGGGCCCGGCCCAGCUCCGCGGGGCCAUGGCCGAGUGGGCGCCCGCCCAGGUGCAGGAGUGGAACAUGGAAGCCCCUCACCUGAUGCCGCUGCAGCCGCCGCUGCUGCCGGAGCGGGCGCACGUGCGGGAGGCGCAGCUGCACUCGGCAGAGGCCUCGCUCUGGACCGUGGUGGCCACGGUGCAGGCCAUGGAGAGGAAGAUCGACCUCCUGGCCACCCGCCUGCUCAGCCUGGAGGGCCGAUCCGGCACGGCCGAGAAGAAGCUCCUGGACUGCGAGAAGACGGCCAUGGAGUUCGGGAACCAGCUGGAGAGCAAGUGGGCCGUGCUGGGCACCCUCAUCCAGGAGUACGGGCUGCUCCAGAGGCGCCUGGAGAACGUGGAGAACCUCCUGAAGAACAGGAAUUUCUGGGUGCUGCGGCUGCCCCCCGGCCCCCGGGGCGAGGUCCCCAAGGUCCCCGUGGCCUUCAACGACGCUUCGUUCAGCUUCUCGGAGGAGGAGUGGAAGAGCCUGAACGAGUGGCAGAAGGAGCUGUACAGGCACAUCAUGAAAGGCAACUACGAGGCCGUCAUCUCCAUGGACGCUGCCAUUUCCAAGCCUGACAUGCUGUCCCGGAUUGAGCAGGGAGAGGAUCCCAACGCCGAGGAGCAGGAGGACUCGGAGGCAGGGGAAACCCCCACAGACCCCAGCAGCGAGUUUUUCUUCCCUGGGCCCGACGAGAGCUCGUGGGGUAAAUACGAGGAGACUCUGGCUGAGAGCCACGAGGGCUCUGAGGAAGAGGAGAGCAUGGAGGUCCCCGGUACAUACGAACAGCCCUGCGACGAGGAAGGCCCCGAGAGCCUGGAGCUUCCCAGGUCGUUGGCGGGGAAGUGGGAAGAUGUUUUUUCCGGCCCCGAGGAGGAGAUGCAGUCGAGCAGCAAGAGCCAGAGCGGGUCGGACCCGCAGCAGCGAACGGCAGCGGGCAACGGGCUGAGACGCUCCGUGCGCCGCAGGAGGGACUUGGCCAAGAAGGAUCCUCCCGAGGAAGGAGCCGCGGAAAAGGGGCCCUACAUCUGCUGCGAGUGCGGGGAGAGCUUCCUGGACAAGCAGCUCUUUGCCACCCACCAGAAGGCGCACGCCAGGGAGGAGGCCUGCACGUCCCUGGAGCGCGGCGAGGGCCCCUGGCAGAAAUCCAAGCCCAAGGGCCAGGGCUCCUCCCGCUCCAAACCGUCCAAGCGCCCCGACGGCGACAAGGGCUCCGGCUUCAAGUACGGCCUCGUCAGGCACCAGGUGAACAACAUGGUGGAGAGGCCUUACACCUGCUCCCAGUGCAAGGAGAGCUUCAGCCUGGAAGUGAGUCUUAUCCUGCACCAGAAGCUGCACACAGGGAAGGGCGACGGGCCGCUGACGUGCACCUACUGCGGGAAGGACUUCCGAGACCUCUCCAAAGCCAUCCGCCACCAGCGCAUCCACACCGGUGAGAGGCCCUACCAGUGCACGGAGUGCGGGAAGAGCUUCAUCCGCCGGGAUCACCUGCUCAAGCACUGGCGGGUGCACACCGGGGAGACCCCCUACCAGUGCCCCGUCUGCGGGAAGCACUUCCGCUACAAAGAGUCCCUGAAUUGCCACCAGAAAAUCCACUCCCGCAACCCGCGGCCCACGGAGGAUUCGCAGCUGGGCCUGGAGUCGGCGGGGACCCAAACCAAGCAUUUCUGCGUGAAAAAAGAGACUACGCAGUACUCCCUCGCCCUGCUCCUGGCUGUUGUUUGGGAGCUUUUCCAGGCUCCGGAGCCGGUGCGGCCGCGCUGCCCCUCGCCCCUGCGGCCGCCGGCCGGCCCCGAGCGCACCUCGGAGCGGGAGACGCAGACGGCUGAGCUGUCCCUGACCGUGGUGGCGGCCGUGCAGGCCGUGGAGAGGAAGGUGGACUCCCACUCCACCCGCCUGCUCGACCUGGAGGGUCGCACGGGGAUGGCCGAGAAGAAGCUGAUCGACUGCGAGAAGACGGCGGCGGAGCUGGGGAACCAGCUGGAGAGCAAGUGUGCGGCACUGGGCACCCUCAUCCAGGAGUACGGGCUGCUCCAGCGGCGCCUGGAGAACAUGGAGAACCUGCUCAAGAACAGGAACUUCUGGAUCCUGCGGCUGCCCCCGGGCAGGAAGGGGGAAGUCCCCAAGGUGCCGGUGACAUUUGACGACGUAUCCGUCUACUUCAACGACAAGGAAUGGGAGAAGCUGGAGGAGUGGCAGAAGGAGCUGUACAAGAACGUGAUGAAGGGGAACUACGAGUCACUGAUCUCCCUGGACUAUGCAAUUUCCAAACCUGGGGUUUUGUCUCAGAUCGAGCAAGGAGAGGAAUCGCGGGGCAGGAGCGAGCAGGACUUGGAGGAGAGUGAGAUCAUUACUGAUGCCACAGCAGCUGGAAUAAGGGUUGUGAUCAAAACGGAGGAGCUCCUUCCCGAGGACAGCCCCGAGAACCCCGAGCUGCACGGCAUGUCGGGGCAGUCGGAGGGCAGCUUCCAGAGCCCGGACGAGGAGGCGGCUUGUGAGAGCCCCUACGGCUCCGUGUCCCCUCCCAGGGACCUCCCGGGAACCAGCCUGGGGGACUCGUCCGAGUACGGAGCCGACUUCAACGAGAUCCAGAGAGUCAUCGUUCACCACGGGAGCUGCACAGAGGACGGGAUCGUGAUCAAGACGGAGGAGGAGGAGGAGGACGACCCCGACACGCUGGAGCCGUGCGCCAUGUUCUCGGGCAGGGCCGAGCCGCCGGCGUUCCCCAGCCACGAGGCCGGGCUGGGCUGCGAGGCGCAGUGCAGCUCCAAGGCCCAGCCCAGGGGCCUGGCAGCCCGCGUGAGGAAGCCGUCGGCCUGCGAGAGGGACCCCGGGGAGAUGAAGGCGGCCAGCGCCCAGCAGCGGAACCGGACGCGGGAGAGACCCUACAUCUGCCCCGAGUGCGGCAAGAGCUUCAUGCUCAAGAUCAACUUCAUGAUCCACCAGCGCAACCACCUCAAGGAAGGGCCCUACGAGUGCCACGAGUGCGACCUCAGCUUCCGCAACAAGCAGCAGUUCCUGCUGCACCAGCGCAGCCACACGCGCCGCGGCGUGGGGGUCCCGCGGCGCCCCGAGCACGGCCUCAAGCCCCCGGCGCGGCCCCCGCCCCCGGGGAAGCCCUACAAGUGCUCCGAGUGCGAGAGCAGCUUCAGCCACAAGUCGAGCCUCAGCAAGCACCAGAUCACCCACGUCGGGGAGCGGCCCUUCACCUGCGGCGAGUGCCGGAGGAGCUUCCGCCUGCAGAUCAGCCUCCUCAUGCACCAGAGGAUCCACGCCGGCAAGAACGAGAUGGCCUUCCUGUGCCCCCAGUGCGGGAAGAACUUCACCCGGCCCUCCCACCUGCUGCGGCACCAGCGGACUCACACCGGCGAGCGGCCCUACCAGUGCAGCCAGUGCGAGAAGACCUUCAGCGAGAAGUCCAAGCUGACCAACCAUUACCGCAUCCACACGCGGGAGCGCCCGCACGCCUGCGCCGUCUGCGGGAAGGGCUUCAUCCGCAAGCACCACCUCCUGGAGCACCAGCGCAUCCACACGGGCGAGCGGCCCUACCACUGCACCGAGUGCGGCAAGAACUUCACGCAGAAGCAUCACCUCCUGGAGCACCAGCGGGCGCACACCGGAGAGCGGCCCUACCCCUGCACCGAGUGCACCAAGUGCUUCCGCUACAAGCAGUCCCUCAAGUACCACCUGAGGACGCACAUGGGAGAGUGAGGGGCUGCCCGACGGCUUCCUCCCCCUCCUCUCCCUCCCUCCACCCUUCCUCCUCCUCCUCCUCCUCCUCCUCCUCCUCCUCCACUCAUCUCUCCCGCCCUCCCUCCAUCCGUCUCCCCCCACCCCAGCUCAGGGCAUGGACAUCAAGGAAGCUUUGUGUGGUAGCGCCGCUGGUCUGGUGGAGACUGGGCUGAUUGGAAAUAAAUUAAUGAAUUAAAGCAAGCAACGCGCGGCAAAAUUAAAAGAUUAUAUAUAUAUAAAAUUAACAGAAGCAGCUGAUUUAGGGGGAAUCCUCACCACCAACAAAAGAAACCUGUACAGGGUGUUUUGCCGGAGUAGGACUCGUAACUGCUUUUUAAAUCUACUGUUUGGUUUUUUAAAAUAAAUGUGGAGGAACUUUUUAAUUGAUAAGCAACCUUAGGAUGGGCAAGAUUUUUCUGGGUGGUUAUUUUUUUUUGUUAAAUGCUCUGUAGGCUGAUUCUGGCACAGUCACUUUUUGUCCAGGAGCUCUGCAGAGGUGCUGCCUCGUCCCAGCUUUCCGGGCUGGACGCGACAGCCGCUCGGCAGCGCGUGGUUACAGAAGCUCCGGCCGGGGGGAGGUGAGUAAUUAACAGAUCCAGCUAACGAGGAGGUUCUGCGUGUGUCUAGAUUGGAAGCACCGGUAGGUGCCUGCCCGGCUCGCGGGGCUGUGAUGCACUCCUGAAUUAUACAAUAGAAUAAAAUUCUAGUUGCAGUAAAA